AUGAGGGUUGCUGUUUUGGCGGAGAAUGUCAAAUCUUGUGAGCUGGAGUGUAAAGCCAGCAGACUGCAGAGGCUGAUGGCAGAGCUGGAUCAGGAGAAGAAGACAGCCAGCAGUGCAGCAGCACUUGAUUAACUCAAAGAGGAGUUGGAAGGCCUGGCGGUGGGAAGGAGGGGCGUGGAGACAGAGAAACGGACCUUAAGCGAAAGCCUUGACGCCAGCAGGAGAGUGAUAGAAGCGGUCAGACGAGAGUCCUGCUGUCUGGAGAAACGGGUGGAGGAGUGUAGGUCCAAGGCCCAGGCGGCUGAAUUGAAACUUCAGCGGUUCCUGGAAAAGGUGGCUGGUCUACUGCAGGAGAAGACUGAGCAUGAGUUCCUGCCCACAGAGAGAGACGUCUUACAUCACCUAGACAGCUUCUGUAAUAAGACCGUAUGACAGGUGGAGAGGAGAUUGCGUCACACCUCUGAGGAGCUGAAAAAGCUGACGGCGCUCCAGCUCGGCACGCUCAGCUUGGCUCAGCUUGCCGAGCAACAAGUCCAGGACCUGAGGAGGCAACUGCAGAGUCUGGAGACGGAGCGGCUGGAGGCAGAGCUGCAUCGGGACGAACUACGACGCAGCAACAGACAAUAUGAGGAGUUUGUGGAGCGGCUGUCUGAGACGAUGAAGGUCGACGGUAUUGACCCCGACCUGGGCGUCGACAUGAGGCUGAAACUCGUCCGGUCACGCGCAGAGCAGCUUGACAUGGCUGCUCUGGUGGAGAGCAAAACGCAGACAUACGGCUUAAAGCAGAAAGUAAAGUCCCAAACGGACCAACUGGACAGAAAAGAACUCCACGUCCAGCUUUUGAGGAAGAAGGUGUUAGAGCUGGAGGAGAAGAGGAGGAGUUGAUCUGUGCUGUCUGCAGAACAAAGCGACGCUCUUCUGGAGGCCCGGAAGUUAAAAAAAAAAAAAAAAAAAAAAAAAAAAAAAAAAAAAAAAUGGCUGGAGCGAAUCCAGGGAGAAUUGAGGGCGACCAAGCUGUCCAACACUGAGCUCAAGGCCCAGCUCACCCACACCAACGAGCUCAAGCUGAACGUCAUGGAGCAGAAGCUGAAGAUGGACCUGCUGCUGGACGGGAAGGCGAAGGCGGAGAAGAAGCUGAGCGCGGUCAGCUCGGACCUGCAGGGCCAGGAGAAGAAACGAGAGGAGCGAGAGCAGCUCGACGUCCUCAGAGUCGGCCUGGAUCAGCUGUCUGACCGACAGAGGGAGCUGCUGGAUUUCCAGUCGAAGGUUUCUCAGACGCUGGGCCCGAACUCGACAUCUUUAUCUCUUUCAAAUGAUGAACUUAUCCAACUGCUUGAGGAGCUUCUUCACAGCAAUCAUCAUCACACCACAACCUGGCAUUGCUCCACUCACCACAGUCUUCCUCUGCUCCCUGACCUUCCUGAAGGUCGUUCCACCUCGGAUGAUUCUGUCUCAGGUUCUCCAUUUGCUGCCAUUUAAAGGUCUUUAUGUAC